AUGAAAGAGCAUGCGCCUGACAUUGCAAACUUCAACAUGAAUCUAUUCUCGGUCAACUUUCUGCUGCUUUCGAUUUUGAUAACUAGUGGAGCAAAGCUAGUGGAGCAAAGCCAAUUAGCUAGUGAAGUAAAGCCGAAGAUUCGCAUCCUAUACGAAGUUAAUUGUAAAAAAGACCAAUCGUCAUGUGAUCGUCUAUGUAAAGCUUUGGGAUUUGAUUUUGGAAAAUGUCACUUCAUCGAGAAGAUAAGGAAAACGACUUGCAUAUGCGUAGGGAUCUUUUCAACGCGAAGAUAAGGAAAACGGCUUGCAUAUGCGUAGAGUGAACUGUGUCUUUGCUUUCAAGACUACUCACGUCGAAUGUUCUCUACUUCGUGCAUGUUUUCUUCAAUACAUAACUUCAAAAUAAAUGUUGUUAUACCGAAA